AUGGAUAAAUGUAUCAAUGUGAAAAGAUUUGUAACAACAAUUUCAAUAUAUUUUUAUGUAUCGACACAGGAGUUUGCAAGCCCCUACGACAUCGAGUUGACUUCCUACGUGCUCCUCUUGCGGGCCAGACAGAAGAAUCUGAACCUCUCCCUGCCCAUUGCCAGGUGGCUCAUCGGACAGAUGAGUGGCAUUGGAGGAUUUGUCUCGAUACAGGGACAUAAAAACAUAUACAGUGAUAUUUUGGUGUCACCCCCUGUAAGGGUGUCACCCGGUGCGGUCCGCACCCCCCUAAUGACGCCACUGAUAAUAUGUAUGCUUUCCAGUAACAUAAUUUAUAUUUCACAAACACGUCUUAAAGACACCGUGUUGGCACUGGAAGCCCUGACGAAGUUCGCUCCUCUUGUUGCAUUCAAGGAUGACAGCGAAGGUAUAAAAAUCAAAAUUCUCGGAGAGCAUGGUGAGAGCACGAACUGGCUACCAUCAACAAAGACAACCUACUUGUCCUGCAAACUGCUCAAGUUCGUUGAAUGA